AUGGGGGAGGUUGGGCCGUCUUAUGAGCGGGGGGCCGCCGUGGAGGUCCCCUGUCUGUUCCGCCAGGCCCGCUACGUCUUCUUCCACGACCAGGAGGGGGAAGAAGAGGGAAAGAAGGAGGGAGCGGAAGGGGGAAAAGGGGAAGGGAAAGGCGAAGAGCGCGUUCUUCACCUCGCCGCGCGGGGCUUUCUCGACGCCGUGUGGGUGUUCGCCACGGAGGACGAGACCUGCCGCCCGGGGGUGAUUCUCCGCCAUGAGGCCGAGGAGCUGGCGGGGUCGGGCGGGGUUUUCGUGAGGGCGGAGGUCCUUCUCGGGGUGCGCGAUGACCCCCUCACAAAUCUCCUGGCGAGCGCGAUCGUCCGCGGCGUGCGAGGCCGCGGCGAGCCCCGCACGCUGAUCCUCUGCCUGAGCGUCGUGAAAACCGGCAAAGCGCUGCGGACGAUGGCGGAGAAAAAGCGAUUUUUGGAGGAAAUAAAGACUGAGGUGCAGCGUUUGGUCACCCCGGUGGGGGAAUGA